AUGGAGAAAUCGUUUUUUGGAAUGCUUUGCGAUCGUUUUGUCAGAUUUUGUUGGAUAGCCUCCAUAUCGUCAAGAUUCAUUCCUUUCGUGGCAUUUUUCAGCUUAGGAAAUUUGAAUAUAGUCGGUUGGGGCCAGAUCUGGCGAGUAAGGUGGACGGUUGAUAACAAUAACGGAUGUUUUAGCCAAAAAUCGUGUUACCAAUAUCGAGAAACGUGCUGGAGCAUUGUCAUGCAGCAGAAACCAAUCGUUUGUUUGGUACGAACUCGGGCGUACGCGUUUCAAAAGACGGUCGAGGACACUUUAGUAAAAUACCGCAUUAACUUUUUGUCCGGGAGAAACGAAUUAACAGUGAAUCGCUGA